AUGUUCAGCUCACUCUACAAGCGAAAUGUGUGGAAUACAGCCACUACAGCCUUUCAACAAAUUACCAACGUACAACAACGGACUGCUCCCGCAGUAUUAACGAUGUCUGUACGAUUCGCCUCCAAUUUCUCGCCUCGUCGUACCAAGUACCGAAAAUCACAAAAGGGCAAGAUCCCACUGCCUACGGGCGGCUCAACAAAAGGCACGACUGUCGAAUUUGGUGAAUAUGGGUUGCGCAUCAAGGAAGGAGCUCGAUUGACGGGACGACAAUUGACGUCGGUUUUCACCACUAUGCGACGAAAACUCAAGACAGUCAAGGGCUCCCAAAUGUGGAUGCGCGUCUUCCCCGAUAUUCCUGUCACGACCAAGGGUAACGAGGUGCGUAUGGGUAAAGGUAAAGGCAGCUUUGAAUACUGGGCAUGCCGAGUUCCUUUGAACCGAGUCAUCUUUGAAAUUGGUGGUAUGCGUAAGGAAAUUGCCAAGGAAGCCUUCCGAUUGGCAAGCUACAAGUUGCCAGUGAAGACGGAAAUGGUUGAACGAGGCACAAAGCCAGUGGUGGGUGCUGGUUACACUUCACCACCUGUAUCCAAACAGGUCAAUCAAGUCCAGAAGACUGCUGACAAAACGAACGACGCAUAA